AUGGCAGCGUCCUUGCGAACACUGUCGUGUAGUCCAAUUUACACGGUUUUAAGAAGCUUACAGUUAAGUAAUCGAACACAGAUCCAGGUUCCAUGCCGCAGUGCAAGCUUUCUGAAGAAAUUUUGGAAAGGAUCUUCAAAAUCUGAAGAAGCAGAAGAAGAGCUAGAGGAUGAAACGUUUGAGUUUGCAAGGAAAACCCCUAUCACAAGUUUAGAUGGAUUACAGUCCCUAAAAAAGAGAAGUGGUGUGAAGACAAAGAAAUGCUACACUCCCCCAGACGAUGUUGAGGAAAGGAUACAAGCAAUUGCAGAUAAUAUUUUUGGGGAGCAUGAAAACUGGAAAGAGACACUGUUAACAAACCGUAUAAACAAAUAUAAGUUUCUAACCAAAACGAUAAAGGAAUUUGAUCACAACAUACCAAACAUGGUGCUGACACACCUGGAUAAAGUGGAAGAUGUUGUCGACCACUUCAGCACUGAAGUCCGAGGGACAAGUGCUCUGGAGGACAUAUCCAAAUUAGACCUGCCUCAAAACUUACAUAUGAACUUAGACUAUAUAAGAUUUAAUAGUAAAGAAGAUACAUUAUUUGAUGGUAAGACAGCGUAUCCAGAACGGCCUACAAUCAUACAUAGCAUUAAACACAGACGACAGUAUAAAGGAUCGGAAGAGGAAUGAAUUCUGCGUAUGUCAUUUUCAGGUGGAAACCUUAUACCUUUUUAAAUCUCGACACCUGAAAAAUUGCUGAACAAGAAAGCAAGAUUUCUGUAGUGCUAUUGGAAUAUAAAGGUAGUGUUGAUAAUUGUUUAUAAGUUAUAUGGAUUUAUCAUCUGUAUAAAUUUAAGAAUAAACAGGCAGGAUUCUAUUUCUUUGUUGCUAUGGAUAUACAGAUAUUGUGUAAGACUUGUGUCGAGUCAAUUUCAUUCAUAGUCGUAUCAAAAUAAACCUCUGUGUUGAACACUUUGUCAACUACAGUGGGAUACAGGUGUAAAAUAGUCACAAAUUAUUGCAGUGAAAAAAUACACAUAUAAUAGUAGGGGUUUCUUGUAGACCACAGAGUAUACUGGUUAAGGCUGUAUACACUAUAUAGAUAUUUUUGUGAAGUUGACAUUGCAUUACAACAAUAAAUGAA